GCAUCGAUAACGGGUUAAGCUUGAGUAUCGACUUGAGACUUCAGGAGUCUAAAAAUGUCAAGACAGCCCUAGCGGGGAAACUUCCAAAGGACCAAGUGUUCCUAAGCACCCCCUUCUACGCUCGGAUCAUAGAUGGUACUGUCCGGAAGUCCGGGCGGAGACUGAGGCUGCGCUUCUCGCGAAAGGGCAGGCGUCGAGGGGCUGGCCACUUCCGCACUUCCGCUUUCCGGCCCAGCCAGCGCCCGCGAUGACUGCCACUCUCCGCCCCUACCUGAGUGCCGUGCGGGCCACACUGCAGGCUGCCCUCUGCCUGGAGAAUUUCUCCUCCCAGGUUGUGGAACGACACAACAAGCCGGAAGUAGAAGUCAGGAGUAGCAAAGAGCUCCUGUUACAACCUGUGACCAUCAGCAGGAAUGAGAAGGAAAAGGUUCUGAUUGAGGGCUCCAUCAACUCUGUCCGGGUCAGCAUUGCUGUGAAACAGGCUGAUGAGAUCGAGAAGAUUUUAUGCCACAAGUUCAUGCGCUUCAUGAUGAUGCGAGCAGAGAACUUUUUUAUCCUUCGAAGGAAACCAGUGGAGGGAUAUGACAUCAGUUUUCUGAUCACCAACUUCCACACAGAGCAGAUGUACAAACACAAGUUGGUGGACUUCGUGAUCCACUUCAUGGAGGAGAUUGACAAGGAGAUCAGUGAGAUGAAGUUGUCAGUCAACGCUCGAGCACGCAUCGUAGCUGAGGAGUUCCUCAAGAAUUUUUAAACCGUCUGGCUGGAUCUCAAGGUCUUCCCCCUCAGACUCCCCCGUGUCUCUGCGAAGGCAUCCUGGAGUUACUCCCCAGAGCGGCAGCGGCGACAGCAGCAGCGGCGGCGGCGGGGGGGGUGCUGGGUCGGGGUGGGCGUUCGAUGCGGGAGGUGGGUGGUAUGCUUGCUAGCUGGGCAACAAAGCAGCGGUGGACCUGCCCCAAGGCCACACGUGCCUGGUCAGGCUGGCUUCUGAUGUUCAGUCCCCUGGGCUGGGACGGAUUUUUUUUAACGUCUUGAAACUUAAAUUCUGUGCUUGUAGGAAACUGUAACCUUUUUGUCUUUUUUUUUUUUUUUUUUUUUUAACAAAACAACCUCCACCUCCAGUGGCUGUGACUGGUCCCAGUGAUUGUACCAUAUUGGUCGCUGUGGGUCUGGGCGGGCCUGGAGCCAGAAGGCGACUAUUGUGUGUCUCCCCCCUCCCCCCCCCCCAGGAGCCCCAGGUGGGGAGAGAGGGAGGGAAGGAGGAAGGUUUCAGACUCCAUUUCCUUUCCCUUGCCCUCUUAGUCCUGAGCUUAGGCCCAGUAGAAGUUGUUGGGACUCUCUGCUGGCUUCCUGAGCUCUGCCUGAAGAUAGCCACCCAGUGCUGGUUGGGGACAAGGGCUGAACUGGUGGCCACCAGCCAUGCCUCAGAGCUGGGCACUGAAAGCUAGGCACCUCUGGCCACAGGGACCACUUUGUGCCCUCCCAGCUGAGAGGGGCCGCUGUUUUGCCUUGUCUGUCAGUGCAGUGCCUGUGCUGGAGGUGAAGGGGUGAGUCCUCCAGAGCUUUCUGAGCUGGGGCUCUUGCGCCUGCUCUGGCUCCUCUGCUCCCAUGCUCGCUGUACCUUUUCUUAUUCUGGUGGAUCCCGCCUCCUUCCCUGAUUAAAGUCUCUUCUUGCCCCUUUGGGGCUGCAUGA